GCGCUUAGUGCACUUGCGACGACGUACGCACAAUCUUGAACCCAGCCCGAAGCGAAUGGCAUCAAUGCUGCAACAAGUGCUGUAUCCUGUGCUGGGCCUCGUCCUGAUGACGAACCACUUGGAGGUCAGCAGCCUGGCCAUCACCAACGGCCAUUGCCAGAAGAACAUCAGUGUGAAGUAUCAGGUGCCCAUUGCCAAGACCCGCAUGGCAGGUCCUUCGAAUUCCAGCUAUCCUGGCGACCUGGACAGCUAUGUGGUGUACGAGGAGCGGGUGCGUUGGGACAACAUCCAGGUGUGCUGCCCGGGAUAUCGGACCAUUCUGUUUGGCUUCUGUGAGCCAGUCUGCCAGGAGGCGUGUCCCGCCCACAGCUACUGUGCGGAACCGGAUCGCUGCCAUUGCCAGCGGGGCUACGAGCCGUCGCACCUCCACACCACUGGCCACCAGCUCGUCUGUCGACCUGUCUGCCAGGGUGGUUGUCCGGAGCACAGCCACUGCGUGGCGCACAACGAGUGCGAGUGCUGGCCGGGAUUCAAGGACGCGAGCAGCUGGUUCAGCCUGAGCCUGCGCUGCGAACGGGUCCAGUGCGGCCAUGAGCAGCGAUUCGAUCCGGCACGACGUGCCUGCGUCCAGAUCGAGAUGAGCAUGGAGGAGCUGAUGCAGCGGGUCGCCGAGCGACUCGCCAAAGGACUUGGGGCGGAGGAGGAGGCGACCAACGAACCGGAAUCGUAGAAGCAAAAGCCUCAGGACGAGUAACUGCACUGGACGAGUAACCAAUCUGAAUCUCCAGUGCUAAGCCAUCAACCAUGUAU